GUUGAAGCAGCUGUUUCUGAGAGGGAGAAGCUAUUGCUAGUCAAAAUAUCUGAGCUUCAGGCUAGGAUGAUUAAUUUGACAGAUGAAUUAACUGCAGAAAAAUUAAAAUACUGGCAGUUGCAACAGCGGUUAAAUGCCAUGUCAAAUUGCGGAGAGGAUGGGGACAGAAGAGAAUUGGAAUCGUGAUGCCAAAUGAUACUUUUCAAGUGUAAACACUGUGUAUAUUCAGGUAAAGGUAUAGGAAGAGGCAGACUGUACUAUUCUUAUGUCGCUGAAUCAUGCGCUUGUCCUAGUUGAAUAGCUCAUAUGGAAGAAGCCAUCUCCAAGUGACAAUAAGCAAAAUAACCAGUGGAUAGAUAGUUUCUUCAUUUGUUUGAUGAGUACGAGCUGAAACAAGCUUCUUGUGCAGAUUCACUUCUUCCAAUGAAAGGGAUUAUUUAUUUAGAUAUAGAAGAUCGCGGAGAAGGCUCGGCGGGGAGAGGAAGGCAGAGGGUGAGGGUGGGGGUUGGGGAUUCACUUCCAUCCGUUUUAAUUGUAGAUGCUUAGUUUAUGUUGUAAUCUGAAUUGCAAAAUUAAGUUGUAAUUUUGUAACAUAUAUCAAUCAAUGUGACCAUGAAUGUAUUCAAUAAUGCUUAUAGCUUCUCGAGCAUCCCUCAAGCUGGUCGAUGCCUGACAUAAUUUCAUUUCUCUCCUUUCUUAUUAGUUCACUUGUGACAUAAUUUUGUAUCUAUUAUCGUUUUAAAAGUUUA